AUGAGCUUUACUCAGGCUAAUUGUUUUCGACCAUCCUACGGUCCUGCAAGGAUAAAUCGUCUGAAUUGUGUCUCUAGUGGACCUAUUAGGUCGCCAUUAAGCUCUAAACCUCGUGCGUCAAUUGCUCUCCGAGCAAGUGCAUCGGUGUCUACUGAGUUUUCGCCUUUGUUAAAUCACCGGCGUCGUGCAACUACCGGGAAAUGGAAGCAAGGUUCUGCUGUGUGCUUAUUUGGUGGCAAGGAUAAGUCUAAUGGUGGUGACGAGGUAUCACCGUGGAAAGCAAUAGAGAAAGCUAUGGGGAAGAAAUCGGUUGAAGAUAUGUUGAGGGAGCAGAUACAAAAGAAAGACUUUUACGAUACUGACAGUGGCGGCAACGUUCCUCCACGUGGAGGAGGAAGUGGCGGUGGUGGAAGUGGUGGAGAGCGUCCUGAAGGCUCUAGCUCUGGAGGGGAAGACGGUGGUCUUGCUGGGAUUGCAGAUGAAACCCUGCAAGUGGUUUUAGCAACCUUAGGCUUCAUCUUGUUGUACACCUACAUCAUCACUGGAGAGGAAUUGGUGAAGCUUGCGAGGGAUUACUUUAGGUUUCUGAUGGGAAAACCCAAGACUGUUCGAUUGACCAGGGCCUUGGAUGGUUGGAAUGGAUUCAUUGAGAAGAUGUCGAGGCAAAGAGUUUACGAUGAGUACUGGCUAGAGAAGGCGAUCAUCAACACACCAACCUGGUACGACAGUCCCGAGAAGUACAAACGUGUCCUCAGGGCUUAUGUCGACUCGAACUCUGAUGAAUAG